CACUGCAGAUGUAGCCCCGCGCGUCCUUCCGGCAGAAAUGCAGCAGAAGCCCCGCCCACUCCUCGGGUGUCGUCAUCGCUUUCUCGCCCAGUCAAAUUUUAGGCGAGAAGAAGAGGAGGAAAAAAAAAACCCAACAAGCUGAUCAGCAACUGCCAGCGCGGCCGGACCGAGCCGGCUCCCGCUUCGUGCCGGCCCGAUUUUAAUACGUACAUGUUCGGUUCUCUUUUUUUUUCUCUCUGUUUGAACCGGUGAUAGAGGAGAUGAGGGGACUCCUGCCGCUUUACCGGGACUUGUGCACCCUGAGUAACCGUCAAGCCAGACGCAAAGCUGGGGCUGUCGGUUCUCGGUGCGGGUUUUGCGGAACUCGGUCUAACAGCAAGCCGCAGCCUCGCUUCGGGCUGCUGUUCGACAUCGACGGCGUGCUCGUCCGGGGGAAGCAGCCGAUCCCUGCGGCGAAGAAGGCCUUCGAGAAGCUGGUCGACUCUCAGGGACGGUUUGUGGUGCCGGUGGUUUUUGUCACAAACGCGGGGAACUGCCUGAGACAAACUAAAGCAGACCAGCUCGCUCACAUUCUUGGAGUACCUAUUACACAAGAUCAAGUCAUCCUGUCCCACAGUCCCCUGAGGAUGUUCAAGAAGUUCCACGACAAGUGUGUGCUGGUGUCAGGACAGGGGCCCGUCCUGGAAAUUGCAAAAAACGUGGGCUUUAACAACGUCGUCAGUGUUGACAUGCUGAGGGAGUCCUUCCCGUUGAUGGACAUGGUGGAUCACAACAGGAGGCCCAAACUGCCGUCCAGUCCCGUGGGCAACCUUCCUAAGGUCGAAGCCGUGAUCCUGUUCGGGGAGCCGAUCCGAUGGGAGACCAACCUGCAGCUCAUCGUCGACAUUUUGUUGACCAACGGAAACCUCAGCAGUGUUCACCAGACCCGGAAGACGCCUCACAUCCCCCUGCUGGCCUGCAACAUGGACCUCAUGUGGAUGGCCGAGGCGCACUCUCCCCGGUUCGGCCAUGGGACCUUCCUCGUGUGCCUGGAGAACAUCUACAAGAAGAUAACGGGUCAAGACCUGAAGUACGAGGCGCUGAUGGGGAAACCCAGCGAGCUGACCUACCAUUUCGCAGAGUACCUCAUCAGAAGCCAGGCCCUGCAGAGGCAAUGGGAGCUUCCCGUCACUUCCCUUUAUGCUAUCGGGGACAACCUCAUGACCGACAUCUACGGCGCCAAUCUAUACAACCGCUACCUGGAGGAGAGGGUGGCCAGGAAGAACCCCAAAGCCGUGGCCCAGAUGGCGUCCGGCGCGGGCUCCGGCGCCGCGGUGCCCCGGGAGGAGGAGGGCGACAAUCUGUGGGAGAGCGAGCUGGCGCUGCCCUCCGCCACCUCCUGCAAGUCGGUCCUGGUCUGCACGGGCGUCUACAACCCCAACGUGGAGGUGCCGCCCGACGCCAGCCACUGCAUCAAAGAGACCGUGUUCCACGGGCACCGGGACUUCCGGUUUGACCCGGCGCUGGUGGAGCCGGACCACAUCGUGCAGGAUGUGGCCGAGGCCGUCCAGCGCAUCUUUGAGCAGGAGAAGUUCGGGCCUCAGUAGAGGCGAGCCGGCAGGUUCCUAAAGAGCAGGUGGGGGGGGGGGGGAUUAAUGCGUACACCUGUGGGGGGGCCAAACACUGUGGACGUUGUUGUUACAAAUUAUGGGAGGAUGAGUCAUGUAACCGUUACCAUCAACCGUUUUUGUGAUUUAAGGAACUGCCUUAUUUGACCCAACUAAGUAUUUUUUUUAGACAAUAGUAAUCUUUUUGAUCAUUUCUAAUCCUAAAACCAUCAUAUAUUUAUUACAAGAAUUUAACAGUGUUUUCCAUCCAUCCAUCCAUCCAUCUUCAACCGCUUAUCCGGGGUCGGGUCGCGGGUCAACAGUGUUUUUAAGAAGCAUAUUCUCAACGUGACUUUUUAUUAUUGCAACUUUUGUUAACCCAUUUAUCCUGGAAAAUCUAUGCAUGACUAUGAGAGUAAUGCAUCAAAGUAAUGCGUGCUGUGAAAAGAAGAGUUUGAUGUGCAGAAAGCCCGUCGCCCUCUAAUAGUUAGUUCUAUCCGUCUGUUGUGAGAGCCAUGAAUAUCUGCACAGAUCUCAGACUUUGUUAAAUGUUACCAUAUCUUCUCGCCAUAACUUGUUCAUCGCGAUGUAGAAAUUCAUUUUUAAGCUUUUAGAUUUGAAUUGCAGAAUUAAAAUAUAUGUAGACGUGUAAUGGCAAUCAAAAACCUAUCGAUGCAUACUUUCAUCAUUGGUGGUGAUUUUCUCAUUGUAAGUAACUGUCAGAAAAAGAAGGAACGGUUUAAACAUGCAAACUGUGUGUUUUUAUUUUUUAAGGAAAAACUAUCCAGGCCUGAUCAGCGAAGGAUUCUCUAAUAGAGCCUUUUUCUGGUAGUAUUUUUGUCGGCACAGUGUAGGCGGAGGCAGAGAAAUGUAGUGCUGCAGCAAAUAAUCCUAAACCCUGGAAAUUAUUAUUGAGCCCUUCUGGUUCCCCACUGAAUUAAAGUCUAUGUUUUUUGUGGAGGUUUUAUGCAUAACGUAGGCAGAAGUGAAUUGUUUCAUAUUGUUCUAUGAUAUAAAGAGGCCACUACCCAUAUCAUGAUUUUUGAAGCUUUUGCACAUUUCAAGAAAGGCGGUUGCAAACAAGUGGACGAUUGAGACUACGUGCAUAAUCGUAGCAACUAGCUGCCAUCACAUCCUUGUGUAUACCGUUGCCAUGGUUUCAUUGCUAAAACUGUCAAAGCAAUUUAGUUAAAUAAAAACUAUAUUUUCAAGGCA